UCUACAUUGAAAAUCAUGCCCCCCAGCUCUUUGGGAAAACAAAUAAACCACCUGUAGUGAGGCCAGAGUGGAAUCGUGAACUGACCAGAGGAGACCUGGAUCAAGUCGAGGAGCUUUUAACAAUCAUAGAAGCACUCAAGAUGACAAGAACUGACAGAUGAAGCCGCACUCCGUCGAGUCGAACGAGUACUUCUGGAUGUGGAUGCAGUCCCAUACGUCCCACAGCUUUACACUGCUCAGAAGCCUCCAAAGCCGGUAAAUGUUGGACUACUUUAUAAUAGGAACAAGUUCCGUCUCGCCCAUGCUAACUGAGCACCUUCUGCAGGGACACACGGAGUUAUACCGUAGCUACCCGCCGCAGCCGGACAUCCCGUGGCCAGACCACCUUCUUCCCAGCGCCGCUGUCAAAGCGAAGAGGGCUCGAAAAGCUACGGCCCUGCACAGCAGCGAGUCCACGGAAGGUGGGAGCCCCCUGGUGGAGACGGGCACCGAGGGGGAAGUGAGAAAGGACAACUCCCUCGGACCAGCCGUGGAGUUAGCCACAACUCUGCCUCUGGUGCCACAAGGUCGUCGGGUAGUGCGCAAACGAAAGGUGCAAGAAGUCGAGUCUUCCAGUCUUCCUGCUCUACCACCCGAGAUCGGACCCAAAGAGGUGGAAACAGGUCCAUCCGCCGUCGCGGCAGUGACCAUUGCCGUGGCGAGGACCGCCCAAUCGGCUGAUCAAGCCCCGCCGCCAGCAAUAGGGACUCCGCGACAGGCCUUGCGGGUGAAAAAGGCCGUCAAAAAGAAGUCUAAACUGGUUGCAAGCGUGGUGCAGCUCCAGCUGUAUCCGGACGCAGCCACCGCAGCCCCAGAGUCGUCAACCCGAACUGAGCCUUCCGGCGCGGAACCGGCCCCAGCCGCUGCAGCCUCCGAGCCGUCGGCGCCUGGAGAACCAGUACCCACGGAGCUGGCCCCUGAAGCAGAUGUGACGCUCCCCAACUUGCCGCCUCCCGAGCUCCGACAAGAUGAAGCCGAAGCUGGUGGCGGAGAACAAGUCGAAGCCCCUGAUGCUGCUCCUACUGAUGGCACAGGUGUCCGACAACCACCGCCCGAAGACAUCGCCGGGUCCUCGAGGAAUCCCCGUGAGAUACUAAAGGCCGGGCCGGGGUACAAGAACGUCAUCACCACCGACCUGGUGGACGACCCCCUGCUGACGGCAGAAAAUUUAAAGACCUUCAAGAGCACCUUCAAGGAGUUAUACGAUUUUUCCAUGCAUGUAAUCACUAAAUCCCAGAAAAAAUCGGAGAAGCUCAGCGCGGUUGUGAGUGAUGCGCGAGAGUUAGCUGCCCUGGACAAGCGCAUCUCCGAAGAAAUUAUGAAGAAUUGCUAUCUGCAGCGAGAGCUGGACAUAUUGAA